AUGUCUCUGCCAGCGCCAUCGUCAACAAAUCCCCCCAAUGACUGGGAGGACGACGAUAUGGAGUACACCACGGUCUCACCGCCAGCGUCCAUCUACCGAUGCUCCGUUGACGAGAUACUGGACCAACCACACCAAGCAAUGUUCCGCCGCGCCAUCACAAAUGUUCUUCGCACGAAAGCUGCGGAGUUCACACUGGCACAGAUCAUAGACGGACUGCCCUUGAAGAGAAUCGCCAACUUGACUGUAGGCGGUCACUACCACAAAUGUGUCAUUGAGCACACAACACUAUGCCCAGGCGCGUUGGACAGGGCAAGAGAACUCCGCGACGACUUCGAUCCAUGCACAGAUCUCGACCUGCCCGUCGAUGUUCUGAAGCGAUACCAAAACAUACCCGCGGGAUCACGGGCAUCGAAACUACCCUUCAUUGAGCUCGUUGCCGUCGCCAUCCACAGGAUUGCGGGCCUCGCCCAUGGACAGGGCAAGGUUCACAAGCUCCCAGUCGAGGAAGACCGCCUCUGCAAUGACGGCUCCUCUGAGCCAUAUAGGAACUACUACCUGACGCCGUUCUGCCUAAAAGAGUACGCAAACCCAGAGUAUCCAGACGGCGUGGCAGACAUUGUCGGUUACUGGGCCGAGAACUGGAUUUUCGGCGGUGUUGUCGUCUUCAGCCGGGGCGAAAGCGGAGCCGAGCUAAUCAAUGAAUCUCCGCGGUUCACGAAACAAAAGUGCAACGAUGUAUGGUUGCAUUCAUUCAGGGAGGGUGCCACCUACCGCAAUGAGGUCAGGGCGCUGACAGAAGACCAACUGACGAGGCUGCUGAGCUUCCUGGAAUCGGAGCCUGCUGGUAGUAGUGCCCAAGAGACUGCUGUCGAGAAUGACUGUCCACUCCCAAUCAAGCUUAGGUUUCACUACAAGCUACGAAGGGACGCUGAUAACUGCAUUCCCGAGCACAAUAUUUACCGGGACCGAUGGGAGCGCAAGAUGAGGUUCGAAUCGCGAGAUGACUGGGAUUUUUCCCAGCGAGGGAACGACGUUGAGGGGUUCUGCGACCCGGAUGAUGAACUUUCGGAUCUCUAUUGA